AUGGCCCGCCAUGGGAAAUCCAAGGCCUGGGCCAAAAAGGCACCCAAGAAGGCUCCUAUAAAGUCGCCACAUCGAUUGACCAUGCAAGAAGAGGCCAGACACACCGAAGGUCAUGUUCGAGAUUGGCGAACCAGCAGCAAUCUGAGACACAAAGCAGUGCAAUUUGUAAAGGCGGGCAUUCUACAACGAAGUGAACUUGAGACACUUGAGACUGCCGAAGAAGAUGGUGAUGUCCUCGUGGACGAUGAACCGACGGCGGCAAUGUCGGGAUCCAAUUCACCACACCCGGCAGGGUUACAGGUACCGGCAGAGGUUAAGGCUGUACCCUCUUUGAUCGAACUCGUCGAUGAGCCGGAGCUUACAAGCUCUCCCGCCGUGGAUUCACUGCCAAGCGACCCGAGCGAGCCGAGCGAGUCGAGUGAUUCGAGCGAAGACGAAGUGGUUUUCACUGGACGGAACACAGCGAGGCCAGUCGUCAUCGAGACCAGCCAAGCGGAGCUGGAUCUCAUGUUCCCAAAUCACGCAACAUCCGUUAAAUUUGUGGAACCCGCUCCGGUGCCCUUGAGCGAUAUAUCCUUGAGUGAAAGACCCAAGCCGAAACGAAGUCAGCAACGAUCCCAGAAAAACAAGCGAGAUACGCGGGGAUGGACUCGAAAUGACGAGGACGAUAUGCUGGCUGAUUAUAUUGCAAACAUGGAUAGCGAUUACCUGGAAGCAUUGGGUGUCCAGAGAGGAUCUGGACGCGGGAAAGAAACUCCGCCUUCACCCGACGACUCAUCUUCGGACGAGGAUGGAGCUGCCUCUAUCAUAUCCGCAGAGUUCCGUGCCAUGCUGACCGGCGAUGCCAAGGAGGUUUCCAGUCGAAACUCGAUUGACGAUGGUAAAGAGAACCAUUUUUCUUGGAGUCGUACAACACUAACUAACAUGGAAGGUCCAGGCUUCUCACGAAUGCGUCUUGAAGCGAACCCCGAUAUUGUUCUUGAGUCUGACGACGACUCAAACAAUGAAAACAACGAGGAUGAGGACGAUGAGGAGGAUGACGAUGAUGACGACGAGGAUGAUGACGAGGAGGAGGAUGAUGAUGAUGAUGAUGACUUGAGAAUCAACCUGGAUCUCAUGGAUGAGUUCAAUCUGGACUCUGACGGAGACUUGGAUACAGAGCUUCUCGAGGACAUGGCCUUGAACUACCUCGCCGAACGAAAGGGAAAGAAGGGAGCCCGAUCUGGAAAGUCGCCAUUCGCAUCAGCUACCGCGUUCGCAGAUGCUCUCGAGGAUGACCCGUAUUACGGCCUCGACAUGAUGGACUUCACUCGUCCCAGUCUUCAGAAGAAGGGCAAAGGCAAAAAGCCACCCGGCUUGGACCUGAUGCUUUCUGACAGCGACAUGGAAGCCCAUUUGCAUGACGUCUGGCAAGUCGACCGGAAGAAGAAAAAGGCCAAGAAGCAGGAGCGGGAGGAGCUUCGCAAGCAGGGCUUACUGGGCAGAGAUUCCAGAUAUGCAGACCUCAAGAUCAAGUAUUCCAAAGGAAUCAAUUUCGAGGAACUGAUGACUGAGAUCCGGUCGUUUAUGCUCUCGCCUAAUACGAGUCUGUCACUCCCCGCGAUGACAAAGCAUCGUCGCAAAACAAUUCACGAACUAGCGAAUGUGAUGAACCUCAAAUCACAAUCCAAGGGCAAAGGCCCCUCACGGUUCCCCAUGUUGCUCAAGACCUCUCGUACUCCGACAUACACCCGCAGAACCAUCGUGCAAGUGGAUGAUCUUCUGUGUGGCAAGAAGCUGAACCGGCGUCUCUAUCAGUCAUGGGGCUCAGACGCGGCCAAAUACAGCAAACCCGCGAAGGUCAAGCGAGGAGGAGGCGGAGCUGGUGGCGCCGUGACCUAUAUGGAUGGUGAUGUCGUUGGCGGUACCGCUCCAGAAAUUGGAGUCGAGAACCGAGGACGUGCCAUGCUGGAGAAGAUGGGCUGGAGUAGUGGCACUGCCCUCGGUGCAUUGAAUAAUAAGGGAAUCUUGCAACCCGUCGCUCACGUGGUGAAAAAUUCUCGCACCGGUCUUGGCUAA